GGGCAUCUUGCACGACAAAACCCACAAAGCAAGAUCAUGAUGGAACACUGUUCUUCAAACCCCUCCCUGAACAACUUCCUCGAAGACGAAGUCCUUGUCAUCUUUACCAGAUCUGCUCACCAUUACGUUACACCUAAAUUCUAUACCGAGUCGAAGCCCGCAACUGGUAAAGUGGUACCAACGUGGAACUACGCUGCAGCGCAGGUCUAUGGAAAGGCACGUAUUUACUACGAAAAUAACCAAGAAACAUCAAGAUUUCUUGGUACGGCCAUCUCCGACCUAACGAACCAUAACGAAACGAAAAUCAUGGGAUAUACUGGCGGUGACAGGCCCUCGCAGUGGAAGGUCACAGACGCUCCUGAAAGGUUUAUUGAGUUGUUGAAGAGAAAUAUAAUUGGUAUUGAGAUCGAGGUGACGAAGCUGGAGGGCAAGUUCAAGAUGAGUCAGGAGAUGGCGAAGGGGGAUCGACAGGGGGUAAUUGAGGGUUUCGAGAAUCUGCAAACGGAGGUUGGUAAUGAAGUGGCUGAGGUCGUAAGGCAUUACGGAGAGUUGAAGGACCAGAAUAAUUAA